CUCUCACAUAGUUCGGAAUCGGAAACGUCAGUGACUACGACCACCGAAGUCUCAACUACAAUGUCGUCAAUCUCGUAUAACCAAGACUGUGGCCCAGGAUCGACCUGCGAGAGCUACAGCGACUGCGCCGACGAAAACUGUGGCUAUUCUUCGAUUUUUGAGACAGACGUGACUGAUGAUCUUUGGCAGGAACAAGCUACCACGGCUUCCAUAACACUCUCGGAUAGUUCGGAAUCGGAAACGUCAGUGACUACGACCACCGAAGUCUCAACUGCGAUGUUGUCAAUCUCGUAUAACCAAGACUGUGGCCCAGGAUCGACCUGCGAGAGCUACAGCGACUGCGCCGACGAAAACUGUGGCUAUUCUUCGAUUUUUGAGACAGACGUGACUGAUGACCUUCGGCAGGAACAAGCUACCACGGCUUCCAUAACACUCUCACAUAGUUCGGAAUCGGAAACGUCAGUGACUACGACCACCGAAGUCUCAACUGCGAUGUUGUCAAUCUCGUAUAACCAAGACUGUGGCCCAGGAUCGACCUGCGAGAGCUACAGCGACUGCGCCGACGAAAACUGUGGCUAUUCUUCGAUUUUUGAGACAGACGUGACUGAUGACCUUCGGCAGGAACAAGCUACCACGGCUUCCAUAACACUCUCACAUAGUUCGGAAUCGGAAACGUCAGUGACUACGACCACCGAAGUCUCAACUGCAAUGUCGUCAAUCUCGUAUAACCAAUACUGUGGCCCAGGAUCGACCUGCGAGAGCUACAGCGACUGCGCCGACGAAAACUGUGGCUAUUCUUCGAUUUUUGAGACAGACGUGACUGAUGAUCUUCGGCAGGAACAAGCUACCACGGCAUCCAUAACACUCUUGGAUAGUUCGGAAUCGGAAAUUUUAGUGACUACGACCACCGAAGUCUCAACUGCAAUGUCUUCAAACUCGUAUAACGAAGGCUGCGGCCCAGGAUCGACCUGCGAGAGCUACAGCGACUGCGCCGACGAAAACUGUGGCUAUUCUUCGAUUUUUGAGACAGACGUGACUGAUGAUCUUCGGCAGGAACAAGCUACCACGGCUUCCAUAACACUCUCACAUAAUUCGGAAUCGGAAACGUCAGUGACUACGACCACCGAAGUCUCAACUGCAAUGUCUUCAAACUCGUAUAACGAAGACUGCGGCCCAGGAUCGACCUGCGAGAGCUACAGCGACUGCGCCGACGAAAACUGUGGCUAUUCUUCGAUUUUUGAGACAGACGUGACUGAUGAUCUUUGGCAGGAACAAGCUACCACGGCUUCCAUAACACUCUCGGAUAGUUCGGAAUCGGAAACGUCAGUGACUACGACCACCGAAGUCUCAACUGCGAUGUCGUCAAUCUCGUAUAACCAAGACUGUGGCCCAGGAUCGACCUGCGAGAGCUACAGCGACUGCGCCGACGAAAACUGUGGCUAUCCUUCCAUUUCUGAGAUAGACGUGACUGAUGAUCUUCGGCAGGAACCAACUACCGCGGCUUAUAUAACAUCUUCGAAUAGUUUGGAAUCGGAAACUUCAGUUACUGCCUUCACCGAAGCCUCAACGGCGAUGUCCUCAAUUGCGAAUAACGAACACAAAAUCGUUAACUAUCUUCCACCUCCUGUCUUCGAAAGACCCACACCAAUGACUGAUCAGCCUAUCGAUCCUUUUGAAGCGAGCACCACGUCACUUGCAUCAUUGUAUGACAUUCCGAACGCCGGCUUUGACAAACUCACCACAACGUCCUUUCACGAAAUCACGACCUCAGCGCUAUCAGACGUCAAGUCACCUGAAUUCACAGAAGACAUCUCGAUCUUGAGCGUGACGAUGAAUCACGAUAUAGUACACGAUGUAGAGACCGGUGAUCAGACGGUGGAUUUCUCGCCAGCUAAUGAUGAUUCGUAUUUCAGCCCUAGCGAUUCAGAUGAAACAAGCAAAUCGAACGCUUCCGACGAAACAUCAGUGUCCUGUGAAAGUGGGGGGUCCUGCGUUUAUUCGAUACUCUUUGAGCGAACAACAAACUCUUGGGAAGACGAAACCAGCAUUGAGACCGAAACCCGUAGAGACGGCAAAAAGACUAAUAUUGAACAACUUCCCGUGACUUUGACGACCGACACCGGUUACAUUCAGAUUACGAAAUUCGGCAGUUAUGAUAGUGUGGAAUACCUUGCUGACAAAAAUGUGGCGUCCACCACUAAGACCGGCGAAACUCAUAACGGAGACGAGUUUUCGCCACGCGUGACGAUUGUUGGUUUGCUAGAUUUCGAAAGUAAUCGAGCGACUCAGUUACCUUCUUGCGAUUCUAACUCAGAAAAUUGCAGUUAUACUAGGGAAAGCACCAACUCAUCUUGCGACAAAGAGUCUGGUGGCUGCUCUCCAGACAACUUAAAAAUCUGUGACAGUGAUUCAACUGGCAGUUGUGCUUCACCACAGCACGCUCGAGAUUUCCCUGAAUUACCAUCAAUGACAAGCUCAACCCCCAUUGAAGUCAGUAACACUUCAACGACCAUGAAUGAUGUACCAACAAUUCUUUUAAAGCAGAGACACAAGUUGGGACUGAGGAUCAAGAUACUGCUUGAGCAUGUAGAUGACAAUAAAGAGAAGCAGAAGCUAGUUGAGGUCAAUAAGCAUUUACUGUUUCGUGAGCAGGCGGAUGAACAAACGGACCAGACACUGAUUAAUCAAAUCGGGGCGUUGAACAACAAUAUUGACAUUCAGACCGUCCAAGCAUUAUUCAAUUGUUCGACUGUAGAAAAGCUCGCUGGAGAUCUGGGAACUCACACUGGCGCAAGAAAAGGGACGUGAGUUCACUGUCCAAACGAGACGUGGAUUCAAAUUUGAAAAUGAGUCUGCCAGAAAUAGUCGCUGAUAUUCAUGCCGGAUUGGAUCACGUUAUGAGUCAAAUACCGUCAGAACACGCAGUGGUUAAACGGAGCGGA